GUUUCUGAUUUUUCUCUAGACUGUAUCUGAUUCAGGAAAGAAGACUAAUUCUGGCAGACGCAGCACAGUGAAACAGAAACCAACAGCGUUCCCUGAUCUUGACAAUGACACGCCACGGGUUAUGCUCAAGAGAAUCAUCAGGACCCAACCACAAGUUUCACCUCUAACACCUCAAGUACCUAAACAUGAAGAAAAAAAAGAAGCUCGAUCAGAGCUCCCAUCUAAGAGGAUAUCUGGCAUGGUGGAAAUGCAACUGCCGGACUUCAUUCCUGAGGACACAUCUAUCACCACAUUCCAUGUGACUAAGAAGAGAAAGAAACUCAGUGUUUCAGAAUUUGAGAGAGCAGCAAACAAACGACUUCCUCAGAACCAAGCUCAGUCAACGUUGGACAGUACUGCUUUGGCUCGAUCUCUUCGCAUGUCUCUUGGUUCCUUGAUUCCACCAGACACUGUUGAAAAGAGAGGCUUGCUCCGGAGGCCAAAAAAUCGCAAAGCUAUUGACAUGGAAGCUUUUGAAGGCAAAGUGAAAAAGAACCUGUUGAAGAUACAGGACUAUCUUGUGGACUUGCAAACAACCUCUGGUAUCCAAGCAACCAUGAAGACAAGUGAUGCAGAAAUGCUGAAUAACACGGAACUCUUUGUUCAGCCUCAGUUUGGUGAACAGAGCCAAAAUAAGCUUUCUGCUCUUGAACCACAGCUAUCAGAUUCAAAAAUGUCACCACAGAGAAGCAAGAUUUCUGAUGCAGCUCAAGAGGAAGCAAGGCUGGUGGGCCUGGUAUCCAGAGUGGGCACAAAUGAGGGAAGGACCCGAAGAUGUUCUGAGAACUUAAUCCUUGAUCAUGAGCAUGUUGGCAGAAUGACUCGUCUAUCUCCAAAACCACCUGCAAACCAGCAAGAGGAUACACAGGUUCAUUCCCAGCAGACUAACCCAAUGGAACAGCUUGUGGAAGAAGUGGUGGCUGGCAUUAUUAAUAGAUGGAGCUCCUUCUUGUCAUCCCUAAGCCAAAGGAAAGGUUUCAGCUCCCCAGUCACUCUAAAGCCUGAGAGAUCUUUCAGGAUGUUUGUGAGAGAAGUUGCAUCCCGUAUAAUUAAAGACCUAGAUGAAAACGAUACAGAAGAGAUGGCUAAUACAGUGAACAGAGUGGAACAGGAAGAGAUUUUCAGAGAGGAUCAUCAUGCAAAUUCUGAAUAUUCUAAACGUUUGGAAAAGAAAUUGACCAAAAAUGCAGACUUGCAGGUAACUACAGCACGUCACGCCAGAGUCAAAACAGAAGUGACCCCUUCAGAAGACAAGGGAAUAGCAGAAGGCAGCAUUGAACACCAAGUCUCUCCCAGAGGUGAACUUGAGACUGCCAGAGGUGUUGGAGCUAGAAGUCUGGGCAGGCAUUCUCAUGCUGCUUCCUUCUCUGAAAAAUCUGGGAUGAAGCCAUUAAAGCAAGCUGCUGAACAAGUAGAUGAACUAGAAGAUGAGCCUAUCAUGAUAGAAUUGGAUGGUCUGGAAGAAGAGCCUACUGAGGAUGAAGCUGAGGACUCUGGGAACGAAGAGGUUUCCAUGAAGACACCCACGUUUGUCCGUGCUGCAGCCUCCAAGCCACUGCUGUUAACUCCACAACCUGAAAAACCUGCUGUUCCCAAUUUCCCCCAAAGGUCUCCCCUCCGGCCGCUGGGGACUAAGCCAGUUCCAAAGAGGUCGGGAGUGCCACAGAGGAAAACAAGAGAGCCUGAAAUAGCAAGUAGUUUGAUAAAGAAGAUAUUUAGCCAUUAUGCGAAAAUGCCGGUGACCAGAGAUGCGUUCAAAAUUGUUGAAAAAUGCUGUGAGAGAUACUUCAAGCAGGUGUGCAACGAUCUGGAAGCUUACACCAACCAUGCCAGGAGGAAGACGGUGGAGAAGGCUGACCUGGAAGUCCUUAUGAGAAGGCAAGGGCUGGUGACAGACAAGAUGCCGCUGCAUGUGCUGAUAGAGCGUUACCUGCCUCUGGAGUACAGGAAGCUCCUGAUUCCAGUUGCCAUAAGUGGAAAUAGAGUGGUCCCCUGCCCAUGAACGUGCCUCUCCGGCAGCGAUGGCCCUGGGAGUGGGGGACGGCGCCUGCCUGCAGAUCUGGGCUGUGGGUGGUUCCCUGGAACUGCCCCCCAGGAUGGGUUUCCACAAGUAACCAGUGGGGCAAUAAACAGUUUAUGUUCUCUUGAACUGAUGCCGGUUGUGCUGUGGCUGUCACACCAGCCUGCUGAAUGUCACACCAGCCUGCUGGAUGUCACCAACUGUUACUACAUGUAAUUAGACUAUCCUGAUUUUUUUAUGUUACUUUUGAAUACUUGUACAUCUCUGAAAAAUAAAAUAUUGUACGUAUUCUGUGUGA